CGCAAGGCGUCUAGCCAAUAAUACUGCAACAACAUCUGUGUUGGGGUUCGGGCACCGGGGUUCGGGGCAAGUUGGCAUGCCGCCACUCCAUACGUACUAGCCAGUCUUCUGCUCUCCUUCAGCAUUCUGAGCACCUUGCCUAGAGUAACCAACACUUACGAUGCCGGUACAUGAUGACGGCGAACCUGCCGAGCAUUUUGAGGCGCGAAAGAAAGUACCAUGGCUAAAACGAUACUUCUGUAAGCUAGCACAUGACAAUGCUGCCGAAGUGGACCUGGACUUGGUUGAGCAGCUAUGGAACGUCGUGGAAAACCAGUUUGACUUCUCGGAACCGGGUGACCGUGCCCUGCUUGCUGCUCUCGUUUCGGCCCACCUUUGGGCCGCGAGAGCGCUGUCAGCGGCAUCUCGGGAAGCCUGGCACGACGCAUACAUCACUUUCAUUGUCACCGCGGAGCAGUUCCAGCACAAGCUCGACACCACCCGGGAUAGCGCAGUGCACGACAGCAGGCUAUGGCUGCAGGGCGCGCGCGCCGCCCUGGCGCUCUUGCGAGCUGACGUGCUAUGCCUGUACGCCGGCUACGCCGCUCGGAUUGCCGAGCACGCCGAGGCGGGGCCUGCGAGCAGCGCGGCCAGCAGCGCCAGUGGGGUGGCGCGGCCGACACCUCCCAGCUGCCGUGUCACCCAACUCGAGCGGGACAUACGGGUCUUGGGUGGCAUGCUGCAAGUCCUGAAGCUCCUGAUAUUGCAGCAUGCCUCAAUCGGCCAUCCGUGGAGCGUAAUACCGGUGAAGCCGGGUGAAAGUCUCGAGCCCGAAGCUGAGCUGGUGGCGGCCCUGGCUCGCAGCCAGGUGUUAGAGCACAUGGCGCGAGCCGUUCUGUGCCUGGCGGCGGCGCUGGCGGCGGCGCUGGCGCCGCCCGAAGCCGCUGCAGCCCCUACCUCGCCCGCAGCAGCAGCAGCAGCAGCAGCAGCAGGGGCGCCCGCAGCCGCAGCGCCCGCAGUGACGCCUGCUGCGUCGGCGCGGCCUUCGGUCCGGGAGCAGUGGCGGCGGGUGGUCUACGGCUCGGAGGCCGGCGCCGGCGGCGCCGCGCAGGCGUGGGGCGGGCUGAGCGGACUCGUUGUGGACCUUUGCCAGGAGAUCAAAACGUUGCUGGAUGACGUCCCCUGGUACGGCACGAGCUUGUGUCGAGAAGAUCCGGUCACUGACGAAAGCACCGGCGGUGGCAACAGCGGAAGCGGCGGCGCGCCCAGCAGCGGCAGCAGCUGUGGAAAGGCAGCAAAAGGCGGCGCCAAAAUGCCAAUGCCGGUGCCGCCUCCCGACCUUCUCGGCGGCCCCGGCGUUCAGUGCUUCCAGCUGUGGGCCUUGCUGUGCGUACGCCAGGGCGCAGCAGGCACCGCAGGCACGGCCGCCGCCGGCGGCGCCGGCCAGCCCGCACCUGCUGCUGCCGAUGCACCGCCGCGCAGCACGACCGGCGGCGCGGCCGCCCUGCCCGCCGACACACGGCGGCUCCCGGCGGGGCUGGUGCGGGCGCUACGACCGGAUCUGGAUCCCAGUCUCACAGCCGAGCGGCGGGGCUCACAUGACGCCGUGGCUGCAAUCCUGUCGGGCGCAAUGGUGGUAUUCCUCAAGGCUCCGGAGAUCGUUGCCGACGCCCCCAUCACGGCCGGCGCUGCGGGCUGGCCAGACGCAUGGCAGCAUCGGCAGACGGCGCAGCUGCAUUGUCAAAACAGCGCGGCAAGGCACUCGGGCAGCAGCGGCAGCAGCAGCACACUGCCCUGCCCGCCUGUACACUUGUACGACGCCAUGCUCGCCUGCCUUCCGCGCCUGUGCCCGGCCUCCUCGCCGUCACAGGAGGUCAUGAAUGCGCUCCACUUGGUAACUGGGCGUUUGCUGUCGCUGCUCGGAAGGCUGCCGCCGCGCCAGGCAGCGGCGCGGCUUCCGGGGCUCUGGCGGGCCCUAUUAGCGCCAGAGGCAUUCCUGGACCUUUGGAUCCAGCCCUGGAACACCGUACAAGCCCUCGGACUGCUGCGGGGCUUUCAGCCGCAGGAGCCGCCGGCGCAGCCGCAGGAGCCGCCGGCGCAGCCGCAGGAGCCGCCGGCGCAGCCGCAGCAGGCAGGGGCGCAGCCGCAGGAGCCGCCGGCGCAGCCGCAGGAGCCGCCGGCGCAGCCGCAGGAGCCGCCGGCGCAGCAGCAGGAGCCGCCGAAGCAGCAGGCAGGGGCGCAGGAUGAUGCGCCUGUGACGGCCGCAUCAGCCGCGGCGGCGGCAGGCAGUGGCGCUGCCGCCGCGGGCGCGCAGCCCUGCCCCUACAGCCUGCGUUGCGCGCUCGACGCGGGGCUGGUGCCGGCGCUGGAGCGGCUGCUGCGGCAGCUGCAGGACCCCGCCACCGCUGCGCCCAGCGCAGCCGACAACGACGACCCCUACAAGAGAGCCACGUCAUCGGUGCUGUACCCUGCCAAGAUUCUGUUACGGAACUCGGGCGUGUGGCCGGCGCUGCUGGCGCACGGCUCCGUGCCGCAGGUGGCGGCGCUGGUGGCGACGUUGGCGAGCACCGCGCGUGCCCUGUCGCGGCAGAGGCUGCCGCCGGCGCCGGGUCCCGGGGCUUCGGAGUAUAAGCAGGAGCAGUGGAAGUCGCUCACCACACAGGUGCACAAGUGGUGCGAGCUGCUGGCGGCGCUGUUGGAGCAGGCGGCGGACGUGCACACGCACGGCCCGGGACAGCAGCAGCAGCAGCAGCAGCAGCAGCAGCAGCAGCAGCAGCAGCAGCAGCCCUCAAAGCAACAGCCCUCACAGCAGCAGCCGACACAGCAGCAAGAAGGGGAGCAGCUACAGGCGCCCGCAGCCGCUGAGGCCGCGGCGGCUGUGGCUGCCUGCAGUCAGGACAAAAGCGCUAGCGGGGGCGAGGCCAGUGGUGAUGGCAGCAGCAGCACAGCCAGCAGUGGGCCUUUCUGGCUCAACACGGCGAAGAGUUGGCGGGGCGAGGGCCCCCUGACGCUAGAGCUCUUCGCAGCAGCAGGCGGCGUGCCACUGGCCGGCUCGGCGGCGGCGGCGCAGCAGGCGCUGCUUGCCUCCUUCGCGCUGCAGCAGUGGCUGCCGCUACUGCUGGACUGUGCGGUGCGUGUCGUGGCGGAGUGGUGCCCGCAGGACGCCGGGCAGGAAUGGUGCCGGGCGAACUUUGUGAAGCCCGCUGCGCCCCACUACCAACUGGUCAUGAAGGUCCUGCAGCUCGCCACCGCUGCCGCAGCCGCCACAGCCGCAGCCACAGCCACAGCCACAGCCACAGUCGCCGCCGCCACCACCAACGCAGCCGCCGCAACCGCCGCCGCCAAUGCCGACGCCGCCACAACUGCUGCUGUCGCCGCACAAGGGACCAUGGCGUUCGGCGCGCCGGCACACGCCGAGGAGGCUGGGCCCAGCCCGACGGCCGCCGCCAGCACCGGUGGUGCUGCGGGUGGCGUCGCUGACAGCGCCAAGAAUGAGGCAGGGCCGCCUUCUGCUGGUGCUGGUGCGGGGGCGUCGUCGGUGGAAGCGGCUGCUGUGCCGGGAGUGGUGGCCGCGCUGCGGGCGGCAGGCGGCGGCAGACCUGUGCCUGGGCCAGCAGCGGCACCGGCGGAGACGCGCACCUGCACUGCUGACGCUGGCUGGCGGCAGCAGCAGCAGCAGCUGCAGCAGGCGCUGGUGCUGCUGCUGCUGGUGCUGCCCGUCCGCCGCGGCUGCUCUCUAGAGCCGGAGCUGGAGGCGGCGGUGUUGGACCUACUGGAGGCGACACUGGCUGCGGAGCCCGCUGAAGCAGUCCGCGUGGCGAAAUGGUUUGGCACCGGCGCCGCCUGCAGCGGCGCUCAGCACGCCGGCUACCGGAACGUGCGGCGCCUGCUGCGGCCGAUCACGGCGCAGCACGGCCGUGCCGCGCUGAUGGCGUUCCUGGACGCGGCGGCGGCCCUGGAGGAGGAGGAGGCGUGGACAGCGGAGCAGCACCAGCAGCAGCCGGGCGGCGGCGGCAGCAGCAGCAGCAGCAGUGGACAGCGGGGCUGCGUAGGGCAGGCUAACGCCCUCGGCCCCAAAUCGGUCCUGGCGUGUGCUCAAGGGCUGCGGCGGGCGCUGCUGGAGGACCCGGCCUGGCGGCGACGCUGCAGCGGCGGCGGCGCUACCUGGCUGCUGCCCGCGGCGGAGGUUCAGGCGGGGCUGCUGAAGGCGGGUGUGGGCGUGUGUGGCAGCCUGCGUACCGCGGGCUGGUGUCAUGCAGCAGCGGCGCCGGCAGGGGUGGCCAGGCUGUGCGGCAAUCCGGGCUGCAGCAGCUGGGACGGCCCCACGGCGCUCAUUGGCACGGGCGGCGGCAAGACGUGUGUGCGCUGCAGGGCGGUGACGUACUGCUGCGGCGUGUGCCAGCUGGAGCACUGGAUGGAGGAGGGGCACAUCAUGGCCUGUGCCAGCAUCAAGGCGGCGCGGGAGGCGGCGGAGGCAGCUGCGGCACGAGCGGUGGAGGCGGGGUCAUAGCGGGCAUCAUGUGUGGUACAGGUCGCACCGGGAAACCAGCUUGGCACGUGGGGGUGAGGCGGGCACGACGAAACGAUGGUGCUGCUUGUGGGACGUGUGAUGGACACAAGUUGGUGGUCAUGGCUGGACGCGCUUGGGUUGCAUGGCGAAGCGAAGCGCAGCGGCGGCAUCUUGUUAUGGUGAGAUUGGACACAGCUGCAACCCCCGCGAGGUGAUGAUGAUAUUAGCUCGGUGUAUUAAGCUACUAAGCUAGAAGUGCGGCAUGUAUCAGGAGUGCGGCAGAAGUGCGGCAUGUAUCAGGAGUGCGGCAAGCAGGACCGGCAAGCAGGACCGACAUCACUUGCCCAGGCGUAGUGCAGCAGGUUGCGAGGGCGUGAGAAAGUAGAGGUGCGCUGGUGGGGUAGUGGGCGGCGGUAGUCGCUGGAGGGCGGCGUGAUGCGCUGUGGCUCAGGAGGUUGCUGAUGCACUGCCAGAGCCUUUUGUGGUGAUGACGCGACUGCUAUGCAGGUGGUGGCUGUUGUGAUGUUGCAUCGACGGUUGAGUCGGCAGUUGCGCCCUGUUGUACAGAUGUGCAUGUGGGCCGUGACGAGUGUGUGGGACUCA